AUGGCAUCAACAGACCUCAUUCCCCAGAAAACUGAUGAAUGUGCUGGUCUUGGGAGGACUGGAACAUUCAUAGGACUUGAUGCUCUUUUAAAAGAGUCAAUGAGGUCUGGACGAGUGGAUAUUUCCAAGUACAUUAGAGUGAUGAGGAAGGACCGAAUGAAUAUGGUUCAGACCCAUGAACAAUAUAUCGCUCUUCACGAGUUGCUUGUCGAGGCAACAGAUCUGACGAAUACACUGAUUACUAGAACAGAAUUCCCUGUCACCCUUGGAAAACUUCUGCCUUCAGGAAUACCAACUAACCAAACCGUGUUGAGGAAAGAAUUCGAAAAACUGCAGACCCUCAUUCCUAAAUAUGAUUCCAGCUGCUACACAGCAGGAACUUUGGAAUCAAAUAAGGACAAAAACAGAACAAUGUCAAAUGUUGCAGGUAAUUUGAUAAUGCAUGGAAGCUCAUAA